UUAAAGUUAUGUCAACUAAAAAACGACAUAAAAAGUGCAAAUCCUUUGCAAAGGAAAGCAACAAAAAGAUUUCAAUAGAGUUUAGCGAUGAAGAAGGAGACAAUUGUGGCCGAUAUUGAUACUCAAACGAUGACAAAUAUCUGUCAGUUUGUGGUCAAAAACUUUGGACUUGUGGGAAUCAAUAGUCGCAAUAAUUUACUGCAAACUCCUUUACACAUCGCUUCUUGCAUUGGAAACCAAAAUUUAGUCAAACUUUUGAUAGAUUUUGGCGCAGAUAUCAGUGCUGUCGACAGGAAUAUAGAAAAUGCAAUACAUUUGGCCGUCAAAUAUGGAAACAGUAAUUGUUUGGAAGCACUUGUGUCUAAAUGUAGUGAUAAUAACGCUUUGAAUGCAUUAAAUAUCAAUGGAUUAUCGCCUCUACAUCUGUGUGUCGAAUGUGGACACGAAUCCGCUCACGAC